CACGCCGCUUUCCCUUUUCACCAAGGGCGCACCUACCCACCAAUCCAGACAGCCCUACGCAUCGACUCAUCUCGACCCACCAUCUCUCACUCACAACAACCUUGACUCCAUCCGCAUAGACAGCACUCCCUACCCGCCCUCAAAACCCCACGACCUCUCCCACACGAGUACAAAAAUCCCGCCAAAACUUUUCUCGCCAGCGCUCCUCACCAUGGCACGUGGCGGCGGACGCAACCCAGCUUUCCUCCCCCGCGAACAGCAAGUCUCGCGCAAAGUAUCCUGGCUCUUGCGGCACGGCGCGCACUCGGAGGGCCUUCAGCUCGGCAAAGGCGGGUACGUCGGCGUCGACGCGGCGCUGCGCACGCGGUGCCUGACGGCGCUCAAAGUCACGUUUCCGGAGCUGCGCGACGUCGUGAGGACGAAUGACAAGCAGCGGUUUUCCAUGGUGCUGAGGGAGCGGCUGGAGGGGGCUGGUAGUGAGGAGGAGGCGGAGAAGGUGGGGGGUGUUGAUGUCGGAGAGGGAGAGGGAGAGGAGGAGGAUCCUGGCAGGUGGGUCAUCAGGGCAAAUCAGGGCCACAGUAUCAAGGUUGAUGCCGAGGGGUUGCUUACUCCUGUCGAGGUGGAGAGGGGAAAUGUGCCGGAUGUGGUUGUCCAUGGGACAGAUGAAGGGGCGUGGAAUCUCAUCUUGAAGAGCGGGGGGUUGAGGCGCAUGGGGAGGAAUCACAUCCAUUUUGCGUCGGGAUUGCCGGCGGGGUUCAAGGCGCUGGAUGUGGGGGAGGCAAUGGGGGAGGAGAAGGAGGUGCCCCCGGUGAUAUCGGGGAUGCGGAGGUCGUCGACGGUGCUGGUGUAUGUGGAUAUUCUAGCGGCGAUGGAGAAGGGUGUAAAGUUCUUUGUCAGCGAGAAUGGGGUUAUUUUGACUGAGGGGGAUGACAAGGGACUAUUGCCUUACGAGUUCUUCAAGAGAGUGGAGAAUAGGAAGAAGGGUGGGGGCGUGCUCAUGAGCGAAGGUGUGCUACCGGAGGGUGUGGAGGUGGAUGUGGAUGCGUGGGAGAAGGAAGUCGGAAGUAGGGGCAGAAAAGGAGGCAGAGGCAGAGGCAGAGGUGGACGAGGAGGUAGAGGAGGGCAGGGAAGCGGCGGUGGGAAGGCGAGGGCGAACGAUGACUCUGGCGAUCUCUUAGCUGGCGUUUGAGACGUUUGCUAAGUCAGACGAUGCUUCAUAACAUAUCGGUAGCAAUAACCCAAGAAUACGUCUGUGCAGCGGAAAGCACGGCCAUCUGGGAAAAGUCUUGAAGGGAAGUCGAAAUGGCGCCUAGGACGAUCAAUCAAUGCCUUUACCACGGAGGGGUGACUUUGUAGAAUCUAGC